CAGCCACUGGCCCAAUCAUUGUGGAAGAAGAUGACAGCAGUUACAACAAUGGGAUGACAGAAAGUCAGAUGGCCCAACUGGCCAUGUUCCAGAUGAGAGAUCCUAAUGUAGGGAUGUUCAGACAACAAGAUUUGGAAGAGUUGGCCAGACAACAGCAGCAGUGGCAAAUGGUGGCUUAUCAACGCAGCAUCAUGGAGAAAUCCUACCUUCAGCAACAAAUGCAGCAGUACCAACGAGAUACGGAGCGUCUCAGGUGGGAAUAUGUCGCUCAGCGAGAGUUGGCGCAGACGCGAGACUACACACAGCAUUCAGAGGAGACUGAAAAGCUAUACAGACAAGCUCAGUCUGCUUCUGCGGCAACAGAGGCGGCCAUGCUGGCUGCCGCUGCUCUUGAGCAAGCCAAAAAAAGUUCCAGAGAGGGCAAUGAUGAUACGGCCACAACAGCAGACAAAAUGUCCUCUCAGUACUUGCGUAUGCUGGCUGAAGAACAUGUAACCAGUCAAGUGGAUGCUGAAUAUGAAGAAGGGGAAUUAAGGCCAGAAUCUCACUUGUGUGUUCUUUGUGGGAUUAAGUCAAUGACGGUGGAACUUCUUAUGAGGCACAUGGAAAAACACAGAGUGGCUUUUGAGCGUUCCUGUUCUGUAUGUCAGUCUGGAACACUGACUGGCAACAUGUUGAUACUACACAUGGAAGCAUCGCAUGGACCAGAGACUAGUUUUCCCUUACCAUCAUCAACAGCAAAUGUUUCAAGUUCUGCAGCUGCAUUAGCUCCAGCACCACCUGUUACAGAUUUCUCUCAAUCGUUCCCUGCAUCACUUCAGGCAAGUUACAAUAUCCAGGCCCAGGAGGAGUCGACUGGCAUGAAACUUCCACAGCAACCCCAAUCCCCUAAACACUCACCCACAAAACCACAAGAACCUGAAGAGACAGCAUCAAGUUCUAAUGUUAAGUUUGAAUCUGAGGAAAGUUUUGACUAUACUUUAGCCACAUCAACUUCAAGAAGUGAUACCGACAUGACAUCUUUGCCACAAGAAAAUUUUCUGGGUAUCCCGUCCCAGUUUUACCCUUUGAUUGGAUGCCAAGUCUGUGGAGAGAAAUUUGCACUGAGUGAAGCCCUUGACCAGCAUGUGGAAAGCCAGCACAAAGACACAUCUUGCACUUACUCCUGCAAGCCUUGUUGCCUGACAUUCAAGACGCACGUAGAGUACAGCAAGCAUAUGACAAGACAUGAUGCCUCCUCAACUAACCUGAAGUGCAGCCAUUGCCUGAAAUCCUUUAAGUCGGUCAAACAGCUGCGCUUGCAUUAUGUUGCUGCUCAUGCUUGCUGUCAUUUUUGUGAAUACUGCCGUGCGGGUUUCCCAGACGCCAUGUCACUACAGCUUCAUGAGCAGCUGCACACCUUAGACCCUGAGAAACUGACUUUCCGUUGUGACAUUUGUAGUAAAGCCUUUUACACUCAAUCACAGUGUAGUGCUCACAAGCGAACCCACAAAGAUGAGAAAGCACAUGCCUGUGAAGUCUGCGGUAGUGCAUUUUUCAAAAGGGGAGACCUCACCAAACAUGUCCGCACAGUGCACUCACCCAGUCGUUUAUUUUCAUGUAAAUUUUGUGGGAAAAAAGGUACCCGCAUGGACAACAUGAGGAGUCACGUGCGGUCACACCACAAGAACAUGACCAGAGAUCAAAUUAUAAACAUGAUUGAAGUCAUUGAGUGAUUUACGUCUUUCAUUUUGUCGGUCAUUUUUUUUACCAUGUUAAAAUCAGUUUCAUGUUUUCAUUGAACUGUGUUGUUCAUUAUCCACAUCAGUGGACUCUAAUCCCCUGACCAAUGUGUUGGAUUAUACAGAUUAUGAUAAAACAUUUUUUCACAGGAAAUUUUUAACCAUGAAGUAACCCAUUGGUGGAACUUGAGCAAGCUAUCAGUAAUACUCUGAGUAACAAUGAGGUAACCCGUUGAGCAUGCUAUCAGUAAUAAUCUGAGUAACCAUGAGGUAACCUGUUGAGCAUGCUAUCAAUAAUAUGCUGAUUAAAUGUUUAUGCUAAGCUAAUUUCUUUUUCAUCUUAUCAAUAUUUUCUUUUUCUCAACUAAGAACUGAAUAUAUGGUGAAAAUUGUAAUUUAUUAUGAGUUACAGCUUUCAUUAAAUUUAAAUUAAUGUAUUUUCUCUUAUUAAAAUCUUUACAAUCCAUGAAUAGUUUGACUAGAGCACUUUCUAAAUCUUUCUACAGUUUUCUGUCUGUUUCAAUAGAUUGCUGUGUGUCAACUUUUACACUGGAGCUAGAGUUAUUUUCCUCUCCCAACACAUUCUCGCAACCCGUUCAGUAUGUUAAAAGUUAUAAUAAAAUGUUACAUUAUCGAUACCUUGUUGAGUCAUUUCCAGAAUUUGUGGGACAUAAUGUGAAGAUUGGGACAUUAAAUGUACCGGUAAAUGUAAUUUUCAUGGCACAGGAUUAGACUUUGUUGGCAUUCAAAAGAAUUGUUACACAUAUUGUGUUUAAGUUAAGUGCAGGCCAACAAUAUUGUAAAUACUGGAGUUGAAUGGACCUUGCAGAUUAGAUUUUUUUAUGCUGCCUGCUUUGGUACCACUAAAACAAUGUCUUGUUAGUUUAUUAAAUCUAGAAUGGAGAAAAUAGAACACAUAAAAAUUUUUUAAAAUUCAUUGAGAAAUAUGAUCAAGUAAAUAAUAGUCUCCACAGAAUGGAAAUGAUAUUCUAGAUCAAUUUUAACAGCCCAACACCUCAUACAAAUUGUUAAACACUCUUUUAAAGAUCCAUUUCAUUUUGAAAUUUUGCAAGCUAAUGUUUCUUUUCUGUUUUGUUUACUUAAGUAAAACAACCCAACUACAUAUAAAACAAGAC